UGCCACGGUCCGGCGCCGACUAUGUUCACCCUCCCCAAAUCUAUGCCUUCCCGACCCCUCCUCUCCUUUCCCCUGUUUUCGUCCCUCUCUGGCUUCGCCUUCUCGUUUCCUUCUCAAGCGAGAUCGAGAGGAACCAUCUUUACCGUGAGAUUCUACAGUUGGUGCAGCUAAACAGAAGAAGUUUCUGGAGUCAUGCAAUCAUGCUAAAAAGAAUUUGACCCUAGAAUCAUCUCGCAUCCAUGGAAGAGGAGAAUGUUCUGGAGUUUCUGCAGCGCUAUCGACGUGAUCGCCACAUACUUCUUAAUUAUAUUCUUUCAGGUAGCUUGAUCAAGAAAGUUGUACUUCCACCAGGUGCAAUUUCCUUGGAUGACGUAGAUAUAGAUCAAGUCAGUGUUGAUUAUGUUCUUAACUGCACCAAGAAAGGCGAAACACUUGAUCUCUCUGAAGCCAUUAGGCUUUAUCAUGACAGUCUUGACUAUCCUGCAACAAGUAAUAUUGGGCCCGAGAAAGAAUUCUUUUUGGUCACAAAUCCUGAAUCUUCUGGGUCACCACCAAGUCGGGCACCACCUUCUAUUCCAGUUGCUACAUCAUCAUGUAUUGUGUCAAAUGUGUCACAACCAGAGUCAUUUGAGCCUCCACAUGAUCAAGAAUUAACUGUAGAUGAUAUUGAUGACUUUGAGGAUGACGAAGAAGAGGAAGAAGUUGAUAGUCUCAGGAAUUCUAGACCGCAGCCAAGUGAUGUUGCUGAUAUUUCUCCGCGGUUGCCUUUAUUUGCUACAGGUAUUACUGAUGAUGAUCUUCGAGAAACUGCCUAUGAGAUCCUCGUAGCUUCUGCUGGUGCAUCAGGGGGUCUCAUAGUACCAUCGAAAGAAAAAAAGAAAGAGAAGAAGUCCAAAUUGAUGAGGAAGCUUCGUCAUAGUAAGAAUGAAAGCAUUGUAUCCCAAUCUUCGCGUGCUGCUGGAUUAGUAGGUCUCUUAGAGAUAUUGCGAGCACAGCUGGAGAUCUCAGAGUCGAUGGAUAUCAGAACAAGGCAAGGUUUACUUAAUGCUCUUGUUGGCAGAGUCGGAAAGCGAAUGGAUCAUCUCUUGAUUCCACUGGAACUGUUGUGUUGUGUUUCAAAAACAGAAUUUUCUGACAAAAAAGCAUUUCUCCGGUGGCAAAAGAGGCAGCUGAAUAUGCUUGAAGAAGGUCUUAUAAAUCAUCCAGUGGUAGGAUUUGGGGAAUCAGGGCGCAAGGCCAAUGAGUUCAGGAAUCUAUUGAAAAAGAUUGAAGAGUCUGAGUCACUUCCACCAUCUGCUGCUGAACUUCAGCGUACAGAAUGUCUAAGAUCUGUAAGGGAAAUUGCGAUGUCACUUGCUGAGAGACCAGCUCGGGGUGAUUUGACUGGAGAAGUAUGCCACUGGGCUGAUGGCUAUCCCCUUAAUGUUAGAUUGUAUGAAAAAAUGCUUUCUAGUGUUUUCGAUAUCUUGGAUGAGGGAAAGCUGACACAGGAGGUGGAGGAAAUUCUUGAAUUCCUAACGUCAACUUGGCGAACUUUAGGUAUUACAGAGACAAUUCAUGACACAUGUUACGCAUGGGUGUUAUUUCGGCAGUUCAUUAUUACAGGGGAACAGAAACUCCUGCAAUUUCUUAUUCAUCACUUGAGGAGAAUACCCCUGAAGGAACAACGUGGUCCACAGGAAAGGUUACACUUGAAAAGUCUCUGUUGCUCAGUUGAAAGUGAAGAUGCUUGGCAAAAUUUCACAUUUUUCAAGUCUUUCUUAUUUCCGAUUCAAAAAUGGGCUGAUAAAAAGCUUGCCGACUAUCAUCUGCAUUUUUCAGAGGGACCAUCUAUGAUGUCAGAGAUAGUAACAGUGGGAAUGCUCACUCGAAGGAUCUUACUUGAGGAAAACGAACAAGAGGUGACGGAUUCGUUGGAUCAAGACCAGAUUGAGAUAUACAUUUCUAAUUCUAUUAAAAAUGCUUUUGCAAGAAUCACACAUGCUACGGAUGUUAAGUCAGAUACAGGGCAUGAACAUGUUUUGGCAUCUCUGGCAGAGGAGACAAAGAGACUUUUAAAGAAAGAUUCAAACAUGUUUGCACCGAUAUUAUCACAAUGGCAUCCAAAGGCAGCGGUUUUUUCUGCAUCCUUACUUCAUAAAUUUUAUGGCAAUAAGUUGAGACCAUUUCUUGAUCAUGCGGAGCAUCUUACAGAGGAUGUUGUAUCUGUUUUCCCGGUAGCUGAUAGUCUUGAGCAGUAUGUGAUGUCAGUAAUUGCUUCUGCAUUAGGAGAGGAUGGAUUGGAUGAUUAUUGCAGGAAAAGAUUAGCUCUGUAUCAGGUUGAGAAAAUAUCUGGUACUUUAGUAUUGCGCUGGGUAAACUCACAGCUCGACAGAAUCAUAGGGUGGGUCAAGCGGACUGUUGAACAGGAGGGUUGGGAGCCCAUAUCACCUCAACAGCGGCAUGGAAGUUCCAUUGUUGAAGUCUACAGAAUAAUUGAAGAGACAGUUGAUCAAUUUUUUGCUCUUAAAGUACCAAUGAGUGUUGGAGAACUAAACAGCCUUUGUCGUGGUCUUGAUAAUGCGUUUCAAAUUUAUACACAAGGUGUUAUGGAAAAACUAGUUAAUAAAGAGGAUCUGAUACCACCUGAGCCUGUUCUCACACGAUACAGGAAGGAAAUUGGAAUUAAGGCUUUUGUAAAAAAAGAAGUAACAGAAAUUAGAUUGAUUGAUGAGAAGAAAUCAUAUCAGAUUAACUCACUUACAACCAUAAAACUCUGUGUACGAUUGAAUACUCUACAUUAUGCGAUUACUCAAUUAAAUAAAUUGGAAGACAGCAUUCAAGAGCGGUGGGCGAGGAAGAAGCCAGAGAAUUUUAUCAUAAGACGAUCAAUGAAUGAGAAAUCUAUAAGCUUUAAGGUGAACCAGAAGAAUGCAUUUGAUGGAAGUAGAAAAGACAUCAAUGCAGCUAUCGACAGGAUAUGUGAAUUUUCAGGAACAAAAAUCAUUUUUUGGGAUUUGAGGGAGCCAUUUAUUGAAAAUUUAUAUAAGCAUAAUGUUCCUCAGGCCAGGCUGGAGGUACUUAUUGAUGCUUUUGAUGUGAUUAUGGAACUAUGGGGGAAUAUGCCAGUUGGAAAGCCUAUGGAAAAGCCCAACACCAAACAGAGUGUAACACUUGAUGUGGCUGGCCAUCAAAGAUGGAGCUGUUGUUCAUAGUCUCUUCAGUUGUCGAUCUCUACGCAAAUCUGGAGGGAGGGAGGCUUUGUGUUAAGCAUUGAUACUCAUUGCAUCAGCCUAAAGACUUUGAGCUGCUUGAGGAAAAUGGAAUGUUGCAAACUGCAGGUUGCAUGGGAUGCCCUUAUUGCCUGCAUAUUCUGAAAGAUAUGGGAGGCUAGGAACAGCAUGAUCAUCUGAAAGGAAAUCUUGAAGCAGAAUGUCUGCUCCAGAACUUUGGAACAGUUAAAAAAUUUGUAAUGGAGAUUCCUUUUUCACGGAAAUGUGGGUUUUUGUCUACAGGAUGCAUAUCCUACUUAUAACAUUUCCUUUUGUUUGCCUCUUUCCAUUUUGUACUCCUUGAUUCAUAACCUUAAUUAAAUAAGUUGAUAGCUUUGCAUCAAAAGAUAAAAACAAUAAUAUAAGAAUGUAGAUUUUUCAGAAACAUGGACAUUCACAUUAUAUUAACAAGAGGAAUGAGUAGGGGAACACUUAAAAGAUAUACUUGUGAGUCAACAUCUUCUGAUUGCUGACAGAAUUUAGCUUUAAGUGAUUCAUCUGUUGUCUAGGAGGUACACCUUUUUGAUGGCAUCAAACCUUUUGAAUGAUCCAGAUAGAGUACCAACUUUGUAACUACAAUCGACACAGUACCUUAUAUUAUGUGCUUGUUUAUGUAGUUACUAUGAAUCCUUCUUAAAAGUCCCCAGUGUUCUUAAUUUUCCAUCUCUCAUUAACAUCAUAUAAAUAAUCUGGUCUUUAUUUUGUUCCUUGUUUUGCUAUUGAGCCUGUGCAAGUUUUGAUACUGUUG